AUAGUAUUUAAGAUUAGCAACACUAAUAAGCUUUUCUAGUCGAUUUCAACAGUGUUUAUAGGAAGUGUACUUACGUUUAUUUUUAAAUCUGCAAAAAAGUAGUUUUUGAUGUAUUUUAUGGGGAAAAAAUGACACAAAUGAAUGUAAUAAGUAAAUGUUAUUUAAUCGUUAGAAAAGAUUACUAGCAAUGGCGACUUAAUUUUUUUUUAAUUUUUUUUUUAUUACGAACAUGACUGAGGAAUUAAAAUAUAAUUUGUUGGAAUAUACUUUAACUAACGAUGAGAACAAAAUUCUAGAGAUUUGCAUUACUUGUCUGAAUAAAGAUGUUCCUUUUAUAGUUUUGUCGAAGUGUGAACAUGUGAAGAUUUUUGAUAUAUUAUUGGAUUAUAAGGUGGAGUUAAACAAUAGUUUUAUAUGCUACACAUGUCACAAUGUUUUGAAAAAGAUAUACAAGUUCAAGAAUCAAGCUAAUGACAGCAUUAACAAGUUGUAUAAUGAGGCGAAACAUUUAGAAAUAACGAAAACAAGUCCAUGUCUUCAAUAUUCAAAUAUAGAAAUAAAUUCUACGAUAGAUUCUCAACCGCUUGUGGUCGAAAUAAAAGAACCGUCCAAUAAAGAGAAUUUUAUUGAAAUUGCUACGGAAAUUAAAAUAGAAAGAAGCUUGGAUCUUGAACAGGAGAUACCUUUGAAGCCUAAAAAGGAGAAAAGAAAAGUCGGCAAAGCAAAAACUCCCUUACAGAAAAAGUAUGAAGGAAAAAUAAGAAUAGUCAUGUUAACUACAGAAGAAAUGUUAGAAGAAAGGAAAGCAGAGGCCUUAAAGAAGAAUUACAUAAAACUGCCUUACAAAUGUGAAUAUUGCAUAACUGGUUUUGAUCAUGAGUUAACUUUGAAGAGUCAUAUGGAGAAACGGCAUAGUAAAAAAAGCGAUGGUAUAGAAUGUAAGAUUUGCAAUUCGAUUCUCGGCACGAAAAUGUCUUUCGACGAACACCAUAAAAGACACUUUAGACGAUAUGAAUGUAUCGAGUGUGGUAGACGCAAUAACAACGUGUACACAGUACUGAAACACUACAACGAAAAUCACGGCAGGAUCAAAACUGUAUUUAGCUGUAAACUGUGUGAUUUUUCUACAGAGUCGCACAGAGUGUACCGAUAUCACCGGGACAAGCAUCGAACCAAAAAGGUCGAGUGUGAGUUAUGUGGAAAUACGUUCGUGAACAACGCCGGACUCAAGAUACACAUGUUCACAGUACACGGCCAAUCCAACCGAGUGUACUCCUGUGCUGAAUGUGGCAAGCAGUACCGCGCUAAGUCUGGUUUGGCUGCCCAUGCGGUCACCCACGCCCCUUCCCCCGCCUACUGCGCUGACUGCGACGCCCACUUCACUUCGCAGCUGGGCCUGAAGUAUCACUUGAAGCACCACUCCAAACACAGCGAGAAAAGAUUCGAGUGUAACGAAUGUGACGCCAAGUUUAUCGUAAAGAGGUCGCUCCAGGAUCACAUAGACUGGAUUCAUCUCAACAAUACGGAGCACGUUUGCAAUAAAUGCAAUAAAGUGUUCAUAAACAGUGCGAGCUUGAAGAAACACAGAGAAUUUGUUCAUGAGAAGAAGAGGCCGCCGAGAAACAAAAUUUGCGAUCACUGUGGCAGGGGCUUCACUUCCCUGUCUAUCCUGCGCUCGCACAUCCGAACCCACACGGGCGAGCGGCCGCUGCACUGCGCCCACUGCCCGGCCACCUUCGCCCACUCGGCCGCCCUGUACACUCAUAAUAAACUCUUGCACGGAAAAACUUAAUAAAUAUAUUUUGUUUUAUUG